CUAUCAUCACCACAAUUCUUUUUACUUCAUUCACAGAUUUCUCAUUCCGCUCCAAUCAAUUCCAAAAUGUCCGAACAAAUGUUUGCCCCCCGCAUCACUGCGGCUUACCUCAACAACUACGUCAACCGCAACGUCACCAUUGUCGGCAAAGUCACCCAGCUUCUCGGCGAGCAGGCCGUCAUUGAUGCCGACGGCAACGUCACCAUUCACCUCAACCACGAAACUCACCUUACCAGCGGCAACGCUGCCAUCUUUGUCGGCAAGGUCCAGCCGGACUUGUCUGUCAAGGUCCUCAACGCGCGCGACGUCGGUCCCAACGUAGACAUGGGUCUCUGCUCCUCCGUCGUCGAGGUCGUCCAAAAGUACCCCGGCAUUCACGGAAACUGACGGGCUCGUCCAGAUCACGGCCGCGCAGCAGCAGCAGCCUCUGCAGGCCUCGGACCCCGGCGCGUGGCCUUGAUCUGGCCUGCCACUGAGCGUGGAGCGGAUGGAUUUGAAUACGACGAUGACGAAUUUGACGACUACGAUUUUGAAGAAGAACAAAAACAAAUAGAAAAAGAAGAAGAUGUGCAGGAGGGGCGACAAUUUGACAUUAUAACAUCGACGUCAUCAUGUAUCCCCCAAUCACCCACUACUGAGUGGUUCGAAGACGUAUACGACACCGAUACUGACGAAGAAUUCCUAUGGGCACAGCCCCAGCAAUACUUGUACUUGUCGCCGCCUGAAUCGUCUCAGCCUCAUGCAUUGUCCUCCCCGUCCUCGACAUAUAUACCAUCUGCGCAGCCUAAUCGCGGCUUGUUCGAUUCUAUGCCAUCUUAUCCCAACUUGGAACUUCCGUCAACUUGGCAGGAUGAUUUCUUUGAAGAAGGAUACUUUGAAGAAGAGUCCUUCUUUGCAACUCCACCUGCAAGUCCGCCCAGUGGCCAACACUCAUCUAGAAAAUCGCUUGAAGAAGCACAGGCUAGUGAAUUAGACAUGGUAGUCCAAGGCAUGGCUCGAGUCUCAAUGGCACCGAGAAAAAGUUAAAAGUUUAGAAUAUUUAAUACAUACCCAAUUCUC